UCCUCCUACGACAUGCACGAAAGUUGGCCACUUAAACUACUUCCAGCAAGCCACCAGACAUUAUACUGAACCCAAACUAGAACGAGGGGGAAGAGAAACACCAGCGCUCUCAAUUUAGGUGCCACUCCUCCAUUUCCAAACCUAAUUUGUUGCAACAUUUUUCUUUAUUUUGUGGCACAUUCAUCACGUCAGGGGAGAGGAUCAGUUUUAUUCCCCCCUCCGGUGGAAGGAGAGCUUGUCAAGAUCACCCGCCUGGGAUUAGGAUUUGACAGCAGCGGCGCAUCUUGUUGAGCGUUUUGAAUACAUUCCUUUUUUUUCUAUUUCACUUUGUUGGGGUUGUUCAUCGUUUCUCUGGUUGGGCUGGGGGUCUGGGGAGCUUGGACUUUCUCAGAGCUGAAGGCUCGAUCAGUGUCCAGUUGGGUGUUUUUGCCUGGGUGGCUAGAUGAUGGCUACUCUGCCCGGAACUGUGCCUCGGAUGGUGCGCCCUGCGCCAGGCCAGAAUUACCCAAGAACCGGUUUCCCCCUAGAAGUGUCUACCCCUCUGGGCCAGGGUAGGGUGAAUCAGCUUGGAGGAGUGUUCAUCAACGGGAGGCCCUUGCCAAAUCACAUCCGACACAAGAUAGUGGAGAUGGCCCACCACGGAAUCCGACCCUGCGUGAUCUCGCGGCAACUGCGAGUUUCUCACGGUUGUGUGUCCAAGAUCCUCUGUCGGUACCAGGAGACCGGAUCCAUCCGUCCGGGAGCCAUCGGAGGCAGUAAACCCAGGCAGGUGGCAACUCCUGAUGUGGAGAAGCGGAUCGAAGAGUACAAGAGAGAAAACCCUGGCAUGUUCAGCUGGGAGAUCCGGGAUAAGCUGCUGAAGGACGGUGUGUGCGACAGAAGCACAGUUCCUUCAGUGAGCUCCAUCAGCCGCGUUUUGAGGGCCCGAUUUGGCAAAAAAGAUGACGAGGAUGACUGUGAUAAGAAGGAUGAAGAUGGAGAAAAGAAAACAAAGCAUAGCAUCGAUGGCAUCCUCGGUGAUAAAUGUAGCCGCACAGAUGACGGUUCAGAUGUGGAUUCGGAGCCCGAUUUGCCCCUGAAGAGGAAGCAGAGGCGCAGCCGCACCACCUUCACUGCGGAGCAACUAGAGGAGCUGGAGAAAGCUUUUGAAAGGACACAUUAUCCUGACAUCUACACCAGAGAGGAGCUGGCUCAGAGGACAAAACUCACGGAGGCCAGAGUACAGGUGUGGUUCAGCAACAGAAGGGCUCGGUGGCGUAAGCAGGCUGGAGCCAAUCAGCUAGCAGCUUUCAACCACCUUCUUCCUGGAGGGUUUCCACCAACAGGGAUGCCAACUUUACCCACAUACCAGCUGCCGGAGUCCAGCUACCCCAGCACCACCCUGUCGCAGGAGGGCAGCAGCACUCUCCACAGACCCCAACCACUGCCUCCCUCCUCCAUGCAUCAGGGAGGCCUGAGUGCUGACAGCAGCUCUGCGUAUGGCCUGUCAUCAAAUCGCCACAGUUUCUCCAGCUACUCUGAUACUUUCAUGAGCCCCUCAGCAUCGAGCAACCACAUGAAUCCAGUUGGCAACGGGCUCUCCCCACAGGUGAUGAGUAUCCUGAGUAAUCCCAGCGCAGUACCGUCUCAGCCGCAGCACGAUUUCUCCAUAUCCCCCCUGCACAGCAGCCUGGAAAGCUCCAACCCCAUCUCAGCCAGCUGCAGCCAACGCUCUGACAGCAUCAAAAGUGUGGACAGCCUGGCUUCCUCUCAGUCAUAUUGCCCCCCCACCUACAGCGCCACCAGCUACGGCGUGGACCCUGUCACUGCAGGCUACCAGUACAGUCAGUACGGCCAGACUGCUGUCGACUACCUGGCUAAGAAUGUGAGCUUGUCCACCCAGAGGAGGAUGAAGCUUGGGGACCACUCGGCGGUGCUGGGGCUCCUACAGGUGGAGACGGGACAGGCCUACUAGAACCUGCUCCGAACCCACACCGAUUUCUUUCUUUUUCACUCUAUGCCACCAGCUUCACGCUCCAUCAAGUCUGAACUCCAGUGUCCCUCUGCUGCUCAUUCUCCAGCUUGGCCAUUUCCUCAGAGAAAGUGACAAAGUUACAUGGGGCGGGGGGUCGCUUUGGGGAAUGGAAGUCAAACCUGUUUGAAGUAACAGGUGGCUUUCUCCAUGUUUUUCUCAAAUAUAUUUGUGCCCCUGUCCAAUGAACCCCCCCCCCCCCCCAAACCCUGUUUAUUUUUCUCAAGGGGGCAGAGACAAUUCCAAGGGUGGAGGGCCUGCUCUCCGCCGUUCCAUUGGUGCAGCUCAGCACACAUUUGACCUUCCACAACAUGUACUUUACCUUGCUGUUCAUGGUAGUUAACAAAGCCAAUAUCACUUGAGAGACUCUAAUUCUUGUUCCUUUUUUGAUAUUGUUAAGAUUCUCCUUGCUGUUAUAUGAUUAUGGUGAAUUCUGUUGUUCUUCAAUUCCAUUUGUAUCUUUUUUCUCUGUUAGGUGUUGGUGUGUAAAAGCACGCUGGGUGACAGACAGUCUCUGAGUGUCUAUCACCCGCGUAUGUUUGUGUGUGUCGGCACAGGAGUGGAUGAUCGUUUUCCAAGCUGCUCUUCCCCGAGCUCGAAGCGAUUUGACCUUCCCACUUUCAUAUUUCUCUUGACAUUCCUAGAGGACUUGGCCACUCUGUGGGAAGUCUGGCUCGGAUGGAUUCAGCAGGGAAUUUAAGCGAGGGUUUUGGCGACCAAUAGCUUUCCCGUUUUAACCUCCUUCCCAUCCUUAGCCGUCGUCCACGGGGAGAAGGCAUUGUUUGCAAAAACAGGAUUGGGGAAAUUAAUGUAUUUUGAAAUAUGGACCUUGCCAAGGAGGGCUAACUCAACUCCACCUCCGCCCCCAUUCCUUCCAAAUCCCAUCUGCUAGGGAAAUCCUGGGUGACUUAAACAGUGUAAAGCAGAUUAAAUCACACAAAUAUAAUGUCAAAGCUAAUUCACAAUGACCCUCUCUAUUGCUAAUGUCCCUUUUUUACUUCCUCAUUUAUUUAACCUUUUUUUUCUUUUAACGUCUUCACUUGGUUUCUACUUUCUGACUAAAUAGGCAUUCCUUCAAUACAUUCCUAGGGCUGUGUCUGCAAAAACACUAUGAGCAUUCCAGAAUUUUCUGUCACAAGAUUAAAAAGUAGACAAGCUGUGCCAUUUACACGCGCUGUGGAAAAUCUCAUAAUCCAGUCAGUUGUGAAAGGCCACAGGUAAAAACCACUGAUUGUCCCCCCCACUUCAUUUUGGACCGGAGCCCUGUCUAAUCCUCUACUUAAAGUACUGAAUUAUACAAAAAAAAACACACAAAAAAAGACAGAGAAAAAGAAAAAAUGCAUUAAUAGUGAAUAUGAAGCAUUUGUGUAGUACUCAUAGUUAACUUUUGACAUGAUCUGGGACCAGCUGUUCCCUUGAAGUAUUUUUUCCCCUUUCUUUCAGAUAAUUUUUUUUAAUUGACAUCAUUGUGAUGAUGUAUGCAGACUUUUGGCAGAAUCUGGUUCUCUUUCACCUCUAAAAACAUAAUAAUGUACAGUAGCUGGAGGAGAUUGUGUAUUGUUUGUUUAAAAAGCUAUGUUUUACACUAAAACAGAAAGUACAUUUAGUGAGAGGUAAGCGUGGGAUCUGUGGAAGUAAACGUUUUUAUUUUAACUUCUUUCACUAGCUUCUUUUAAUGUUGAUUUUGUUUGAAUUGUAUUUAAUUGCUUCACCUGUUUCAGCCAAAAGUGCGGUUUCUGUUUUUCUGCCCUUUGCGAAAACAACUUUGUAUAAAUUAGUAAAAUCUUAUUUCCACGGGAACCUUUCCAAGCCGAAAGGAAAAUGGAGGCUUGGUGUCUUCAGAUGGACUCUCCGGACCACUCUGUAUAUUUUAAAGGCGGUGAGAAACAGUCUCAUCUCUUAUUGAACUUGGACCACGUGGGUUGGUGCUCUAAAUGGACCAAGGAGGAAAUUCUUCGGCGUGUGCCGUUAGGGUUGGGCCAAGCAUGACUGUGACAACAGCUUCUCCUGCACCAGAAAACCAAGCAGAGUCACAUAUGAGUGGUGGACCAAUGAGACUUCAAGAGAACAAAGGAAAGCUGAUUCUGCACUGAACUGCAGCUGCUGCAGCUGCUCCGCUUAGAUGCCUCUCUCGUGUAUAUUUUAAAAGGACAAAUUUUAGAAUUGUCUUUAGUGUAUCAAAACCAUUUCUAACACUUGCUUCAACAAACAUUUGGAUAUUUAAGGUAUACAGCUCCUUGCCCCUCCUCUUGUCUGUUUGAUCCCUAACCCGUUUAGUUGCUUUCUGCCAUCUGUGCUUUCCUUUCCUCCUUUUUCAGUUCCGCAUGUGUGUAUAUUAUCAUGGUAUAAUUUAUUCUGCUGUAUGAAGUAUUAGAGUAGUGGGAAACUUGUAUUGGUAUUUACUACCUUCAGCCUGUUGGUGUGUUUACUGUAACACUGGCGUAACUGUUAUCAAUUAAAGAUCCAAAACUGA